AUGGGAUAAGAAUAAAGUACUAAUCAAAAAGCCUAAGAGUAUAAAUAAUUUCUAUUGUAAUACUCCCAAGAAAGAGAGACCAUACAUCCUUAAUUUGGAGUUAUUAAAUUAUUUACACACAUUUAAGUAAAAUCAUCUUAACAAAUAGAUGAACGAAUAAAUCUGUCUUAAGAGAUAUUUCACUAAAUGUGAUAAAGAAUUAUCCAAUCUUGUGGCUCAUCUCAAAAAAAGAAACUCAUUUGAAUAAAACAAUUUACUAAAAAUACUUGCAGUUCACAAAUAAGAUCAAAUAAAAGUUUGUUCAGACUAGAGUUCUAUUGUCAUUAUUAUUUAAUAUUAUUAAGAAAAUUUAACAAAUGAAAUGAGUAUAAGAAAGCUAAAUAAUAAGCCUUACAAUGAAGGGCAUAUUUGGAUUUUAUUAUAAUAAAUUAUUGACCCUUGCACAUAUUUAUGUGAAAAAAAUGUUUUUCAUGGAGAUAUUAAACCUUCUACAAUUUAUUUAGAUGAGAAUGGAUGCAUAAAAUUAUCUGAAUGUGAUAUGUUUAAUGAUGGAAUUAAUGGAUAUUAAAAAAUGAUACAAAGUUUAGACAAAUCCUAUCUAUCUCCUACUCUUUUGAAAUAAUAUAAAGAAUUAAUUAUGUAGCCUAUUCAUGAUCCAUAUAAGAGUGACAUAUAUUCAUUAGGGUUGACAGUUUUAAGUGUAAUCCUAAUGGAAGAAGUCUAUGAUUGUUUUGAUUAUGUCGAUGGAAUUGUGUUAACUGAUUAAUUAGAAUAAAAGUUUAUUCGGAUUAAGUAAAUGGGGUACUCUUAAAUUUUGAUUGAAUUUGUUAAAUAGUUAUUACUGUUGGAUGAAUAAGAGAGACCUUCUUGGCAAAUGCUUAAGGACUUUAUUGACAAAUAUAGAGAUAAAAUUUAUAAUAUGAUACCAUUCUAUAAAAAUCAUUUACAUAAUGUAAAAUCACCUAUAAGAUAAUCCAAUCAAUUUGAUAAAUCUCCAAUUAGAUAGAAUAUUAUUUAUCUUGUAAUAAUUAUAUUCAUAUUAGCCAUUAAAUAAAUUACCGCAACAGUAAUUUUCAAAAUCUUAAUAAUUUAAUACUAGUAGAUCAGAUACAAAACCAAAAUAUGUAUAAAUAAGUAAAGAAAAUUAUUGA